CUGCUGCUGUUGUUGCUGCUGCUGCUGUGCGCCCAAGGAGGACUCUGUUUUCUGCUGUCUUGCUCUUCUCGGGACUAACAACAUGGGGAGAUUAGAUGCGCUUCGGCAGUUUAAUUUGUUGAAAUGGCUCAGAGAGGAGAGACAGUCGAGGAAACUGAUUCUCUUCAUUGUUUUCGUCGCUCUGCUCCUGGAUAACAUGCUGCUGACUGUAGUCGUCCCCAUCAUUCCCAGCUACCUGUACAACCUGGACGAGUCAACAGACGUGGUGUUGAAGAACAACACCUUGUCACAGCAGAGUCCCCCAGGAGCCUUCAACAGCAUUGUGUCCUUAUACGACAACACUGUGAGGUCUUCAGGCUCUAACAGGUCUACUGACCCGGUCCCUUCAGCCCUUGCUGCUACAGAGCUGCCGCAAAACUCCUCUAGCUGCCCCCAGUCCACCAAGAAGCUGCACAAUGAGAAUGUCAAAGUGGGAAUGCUGUUUGCCUCCAAGGCCACCGUACAGCUGAUAACCAACCCCUUCAUAGGGCCACUCACAAACAGAAUAGGAUACCAGCUUCCCAUAUUUGCUGGCUUUUGUAUCAUGUUCCUAUCUACAAUCAUGUUCGCCUUCUCAUCGAGCUACGCUCUGCUGUUUCUGGCCAGAUCGCUUCAAGGUGUGGGCUCCUCCUGCUCAUCUGUGGCUGGGAUGGGGAUGCUUGCAAGUGUGUACACCGAUGAUGAGGAGAGAGGUCACGCCAUCGGGAUUGCCUUGGGAGGUCUGGCAUUGGGAGUAUUAGUUGGACCCCCAUUUGGCAGUGUGAUGUAUGAUUUUGUUGGGAAGACAGCUCCUUUCCUCAUUCUGGCUUUCCUGGCUGUGUUUGACGGAGCUCUGCAGCUCUUUGUUCUUCAGCCCACCAAGGUGGAACCAGAGGUUCCAUUUGCUACAGACAUCUAUGGUCUGAUUCUUCCAAACUUUGGUGUUGGUUUUGCUAUUGGCAUGGUGGACUCCUCUAUGAUGCCUAUAAUGGGUUACCUUGUGGACCUGCGGCACGUGUCUGUUUAUGGAAGUGUGUAUGCCAUUGCUGAUGUGGCUUUCUGCAUGGGGUUUGCUUUAGGUCCAUCUAUCGGAGGAUCCAUCGCUGAGAGCAUUGGCUUCCCCUGGCUGAUGACCAUAAUUGGAAUAGUAGAUAUUUUCUUUGCUCCUCUUUGCCUCUUCCUCAGGAAUCCUCCAGGACAAGAAGAGAAAAUUGCCAUUUUGAUGGAUACCAACUGCUCAAUGAAGACAAGAUCCUACUCCACACAGGGGACGUACUACCAGGGUGAAAACAUGGAUCCAGAGUAUGACGACUAUGAUUAACAGGACUCCAGCCAUGCAAGUUAACCGUUCAGAGGAUCUAUUUUGUUGUAUAAAAAAGGAACACAGAAGAAAAAAAACAGCAAAGAAACAAAACAGCCAAGUUAUUUCUAUGUGAAUGUCCCGCAUUCAGUCUUCACUGUUCACUGUCCUCGUAGCGGUUGUACUGGAGCAAACCAAAGUUGUUCUUUAUAUGUGGUUGCAAGCGCAUCGUUUAAGAGAUAUUUUUUUAGCCAACAGCCUUAUUCAGUAGAGAGAUGUGUCAAAAAGCACUUUUUAGGCAGUAGGAGGGUGCUAAGCAACAAGUACGCUUUGCUAGUUAAUUUGAAAUACAAAUCGUAAUUCAUGUGUCAGCCAUUAAAAGUAUAAUUUUUAUAUGUCUGUACAUCAUACUGUCCAGAGUAUUAUUACCAGACCUUGGUGUGCAAGUUGGUAUUGUUAAUUGUGAGGUAUGUAAAGAAACUGUUGUUUGUUUAAAAUCCAGGACGAUUUGUUGGCCCAGUCUAGUUUGCAUUGAUACAGUUACAAAAGUCCAUAGUUAGGACUGAACUGUGCCGGGAAGUCAACACAUUGGAACUGCUUAAGAAAAGGAUGAGGAAUGUAUUCUAAAACACAACAUAUCCUCCUAAUAUGAACAGAACCUACAUGUUUUGCAUUUUGGCAACAGCAGAGAAAAAGAUAAUUUAAAGCUGCUGUUCAUACAUUUUUUUAUUUAAUAAAUCAUUAAACUGUAAAUUCUCAAAUAGUGGCCUUUAUUUACAUCAGUGACAGAGAGAACCAGGCCUACAACAGGCUUAUAGUAGAGACAUGCUUUAUUCCUGUAUAAUUUCCUCUAUCGCCCCAGUUAAAGCAUUUUCAAAACACCCUUUAACUACCUGUCACAUUUCCACAGCACUAAUUCCAUCAGUACAACAACAUAGUUGUGUCAUACUCAACACACUGCUGCCCUGAGUCUCUCUUUUCUUUCUCUAAACUGAAAUACAGUUUAUAUUGUGAUGUCUUGAGAGAUUGGGGGCUUCUCUCUUGGAGCUUUUGAGGCGGGGCUGCAGGAAAUUAGGACAACAAAAGUGUCAGUGUAUACACUCUUCUCAUUUAUUUUUCAUUUUCAUUUUACAUUUAUUUACCCAGAUAAGUCAAGAACAAAUUCUCAUUUACAAUGAUGACCUAGCCAAGAGACAGCUUCAUUCUUGCAAACAAAAACAGAUAUUUGAAUCUGAUAUAAAGAAAUAAAAAUAAAUAAGAAAUAAAAAAUUUCUAGUUCGCUGUCUUAUUGGUAAUAACUAGUAGUUCAGUCAGUGACUGUUCACAUACACAAACUAUAUUUUGCCCUUAUUCCGAAAAAGGCAGUAUUUCUACUAAGCUGUUUAAAUGUCUAAUGAAAAUGAAUAUUCCACUGAUAUUACCGUUUACAUGCAGCUGUGCAUACUCCUGUUAAGGACAUACGAAUUACCUUCCUCUUCCUUCUCUCUCCUUUUCAAACUUCAGUCAUAUUAAAUGCUGCAGCCAUUUUGCCUCUUUGCAUCAAGAAAUGAUUUCUUUAAAUAAUUAGCAAUAUCCAAACAGAAAAUGCUGUUUACAUCACCCUUAUCAAAUGUGGAAUACUGUCAUAUUAGUGGAAAAUUAGUGUGCAUGCAAACAUAGUGAGUGUCUCUUCUAGCUCAUCCACUAUGGGCAAUCAACUAUGGUUCAGCUGGGCAGCAACAAUUGUCCUAACUGCCCUGCUGACUAUAAGAUAAGAUAAGACACUCCUUAAAAUUUGGCACAGCAGCCCCGGGGAAUGUAGUGCAAAAGAGUAGAGAGUGAAUACAAAUAUAAAUAUAAAAAAUAAAUAUCGUAGAAAUAUAAAAUAUGGGUUUUGUAGUCUUUUAAUGGACACCAUGAUGGGUUGUAGUCCUUGCUGCAGCCACUGCGAGGGACACUACCCCUCAUGGCAUUAUAAUAUUCACGCACUGAUUCCAGUCACUUCCACUUUGACGUUUUCUCAAUCGAUAUAAAGCUAGAAAACGAAACUCAACACUUCAAGCAAAGUUUUAACAUUAAAAGUCCCUUUAUUUUUAGGCUUUUAAUGUGAACAAUGUGAAAUGUGGAGGAGUUUCACUGGCAGUAGCCAAACAUCAAUGUGGAAAAAGUUUAAAGAAUGGAAUUAAGGCUGAUUGAAUUGAAGCUAAUUGAUAAUUGGCUGAUUUAAAUAAACUAUUUUAAAUGUUUCCACACAAUCUUUCACAGUAACUCUUACCUUCGCUGUAGGCCUAUCAUGGCUUGUUAUGCACCACUUCAAACAUCCAUUGCAGUAUUAUGUCUGGAUGCUGUCUAAAGGGCUGUCCAGACCAACUAUAACUAUAUAUCAUUUUAAAUGUUGUUCUAACUCACUGGAUGAUGAGUCCACAACACAACUAUAACAAUAAUGACAGUAGUGAACGAUAUCGUUGGGGUCACUUUCAGAGUGAUUUUAAGUUGGUAUACAAUUUAUUAAACGAUUGGAUAACAUAAUUUUAGGCUGCACAUUAGACAUUAAAAAAACUUAAUUUUACCUGAGACAUACUGCCAAACAAAAAGUCUUUGGCAUCUUUUGGUAGUGAUGUGUUAGGAGAUGUGGAUGCUCACAUUGCUCUUAUUGUUAUAGUUAUUGUUAUAGUUAUUGUUCUUGGUGUGGACGGCCUUCAGCUCUGCAAACUAUGUUUUUUUUAGGGGAGCAAUAAUAUUCCAACAGAGCAGCAUUAUAUAAAGGUAUCACAGCUAAGUGAAUUUGUGUGUCAAAGUUUACAUAAAUUGUACUUGUAGGAUCCAAUGAUUGCAGCGGUUCAAAUGAAUUCAAUUGAUUUUGCAGUUUUAAAUGCUGAUCUGAGUGCUGCAUUGAUUGCAGUGAUUCAAACGCUUGGCUACACCUUAACCAGGUGGUUAACGCAGGUUCUGCUUCAAGUGGAACACACUUAGAAUUAGUGAUUCAGUAUCAAACCUACUAAAUGUUUUGAGUAUCAAGACCUGACUGUAGACUUUUAGUUUAUAGCCUUAACUUAACUAACCUAACUAACUUCAUAUAGCUAACUGACAUCAGCUUGUCACAGCGGUUGGAUGAAUGGAUGGUUUUCCAAUUGCGACACAGAAAAAAAUGCAUAAAAACAUCCCUAGAAACUGCAGUAUAAUCCAUUUUCCUCAGCGUAGCUCAAUGCAGCGAUAGAAUUUAAAUUCCCUAUGAACCUAGAGAUGUUCGUUUUGUCAGAAAAAAGCACAGGUGUUAUUUAUAAUGUUAAUAAAAACUGCAUUACAUUUAGCUUAUCCAGUUCUAGUGUGGAUACAUGGUUGCAUGCUCCUUCACUGCAGUGGCCUACUUGGACACUUGGAACAUAGGGUAGAAACACAUAGAAAGUGAGCUGGAAAUGUAGCUGGGUUAAACAAUCGCAAUGUAACUGACAGCCUGUUGUAUUGUCUGUAAUUUGUUGGUGUAAAGUUACUGAUGAUUAAAAAAUAAAUGGCACAAAAAAGAAAUCAGGAUAACCAGCAAUGAUAGAUGUCAGUGUGCAGGGUAAACUUUAAAUAUAUUAACUGUGACCUGUGACAUGGGUCCUAUUUUUAUUGUAAAUCAGUGUAAUUAACAGCUCAUUAUUUACAACAUUGAUCAGAAACAGCUUCUGCACUGAUUUGUAUCAUGAGCCAAAAUAGCAACAGCAGUGGAAGCGGCAGUAAACUGCAUUUUGAUUGACAGCUCGAUGGAUCUACUCACCGGCAGCUGAGUGGGGGAGGUGUCGCCAUUUCUUGGUGGGCCUGCCACUUUCUGUGUGUCUGUGCCCUGAGCCAUCAUUAUCUUAUUACUUACACCUGUGUUUCCUUCGCUGUGUCAAAAUGUGGGCUGUAGAAAGGGUCUGUUGUCACAUGUGACAAGUGGUUUGUGCUGUACUGUUGAUGGAGUGUUCCUUUGUCAGUGUGUCCAAACACAUUAGAUUUCACCAAUCUGCAUUAAAGGAAUAGUUGGACAUUUUGCUAAUUAAACCAAGCUAACCGCCUGCUGGUUCCAUGUUUACAUGAUAAUGGUAUCAAUCUUGUCGUCACAUCUGGCAAGAUGGCUUAUAAACACAUUUCGAAAAAUGUCCAACUAUUUCUUUAGAUUUCCCCUUAGCGGAU